AUGGUAGUCCGCGAGGACCUCGUAGAGUCGGCAGUCUCGUUUCUGCAAGACCCCUCGGUUGCCAGUGCGCCGUUGGAAAAGCGCAUCGCAUUCCUGCAGUCGAAGAACCUCACGCAAGAGGAAGUAGACGCCUCGCUCGCACGCGCUGCCGAAGGCCCCAGCCACGCCUCCUCACCAGCUCCGCAGAGCUCCACACCCUCCAACUAUGCAUACAGACCGCCUCAGUCGGCUCCGGCGUACGGGAGCUACCCUCCGCCGGGGUACUGGCAACAGCCGCCACCCCCAGAGCCUCCGAAACGAGACUGGCGCGACUACUUCAUCAUGGCGACGGUGAUGGGUGGUAUCAGCUACGGUCUCUACUUCACAGCGAAGCGCUACAUCGUGCCCCUCAUUGCACCGCCUACGCCGCCCCAGCUCGAACAGGACAAAGCGUCCAUAGACGAGUCGUUCAAGCGGGCUUUCGAUCUCCUCGACCAAUUGAACACAGACACAUCUGCGCUCAAGGCAUCUGAGGAAGCAAGGACAGCAAGACUCGACAACGCCCUCGGUGAAAUGGAAAGCGUCCUCGCAAGCUUGAAGGAGUCAUCCAAGCGGCAAGGGGAUGACAACAGGCGGAUAGAAGACGAUGUGCGAGGACUGCGUGAUCUCAUUCCCAAGGCUCUUGAUGCACAGAAGGACGCGACGGAUACGCGAUUGAAGGAGCUGUCGAGCGAGCUGAAGAGCUUGAAGACACUCGUUGGCAACAGAAUGGGCGCUGGCGCAGCCCGUCCUCCUGCGACGACGACGCCCCCCAGCUACUAUGGUUCAGGCCAGCCUUUGGGCUCCGCCCCGACUGCCAACAACAUCAGCGGAGCAGCGACGCCCACCCCUGCACCUGUCUCCGCCCCCGCAACCCCAGCGCCCGAACAGCCCACAGCCUCUACAAGCGUUUCAGAUAGCCAGGGAACCAGCGCUGGAACAACCCCCGCCCCCGCGCCCGAGAAGCCUGCAGCAGCCUCGUCACCCUACGGAAGGAUGGCCAACGGGCGGGCUGCGAUCCCCGCAUGGCAGAUGGCAGCAGCGAAGAAGAACGAAGAGUCAAAGAAGGACACGAGCGAGAGCGGUACAGCAGUUGAAGCCAGCGCAAGCUCGUAG